AGAUAAAUCUUAUAUUAUAUUACACUAUUGAUCCAUUAGGAGGGAUACAAUCAUCAAUCUUAAUAAAGACAUCAACACAACAUGCAAUAUGAUUGUCAAUAAGAUCAAACAUUGAAUUGGUCCAAGAAAAGUUGCUGAACAAUAUACAGCCAUUCAUUCUUAUUUAAGAUGAUCAACCCACCAUUGCCAUAGAUAAUUGCGUAACCAUUUCACAUCAAUUGCAUGGCCAAUAUGCUCUUCCUCUUGCCUAAAUGGUAUAAGUUCGACAUUGAAUGGUUUGAGUCUUAACAAAAUCAAAAUACGAAAAAUGAUAUACUUGACAACUAAUUUUAUGAACUAUAACUCACUUAAUGUGAUAAUAAGUUACAAAAAUAGAUAGUUUAAGAACUUAUUGGACUCUAUCUAUUGGGAUAACUACAAAAACAAAUGGAUUUUUGUUACACCUGUCCCAAAAUAUAUUGUUUGGUGAGUGUGAAUGCUUUUAACUUUGCAAAAAAAAAAAAAAAAAAGAGAAUGGAAAAAUAAAAAUAAAAAAUUGAAUGGCGGCAAAACCCUUGGUAAGUCAACUAACAGAGAGGGCCCUCCCAAUGAGCAUUGCCAGCUGGAGACGCGUUUCAGGUGAUAAGUGGCCCAUUCUUUGUUAGUUGGUAGUUAUAACACAGACAGCCACUCUGCUUUUACAAAAUUGCAAUGCGUAUAUCUCACUAUCCAUUGAUUCCAUUCUUUUCCAAACACCAAAUUUUCUCAUUCAAGCCUGCACGUUCUUCUCUAACAUGCAUCCAACUCUCUCUCUCUCUCUCUCUUACAAAUCUCUCUCCCCAUAGUUCAAAAAACAUUACCACCUUAUCAAACACUUCCAUUUCUCUCCUAACUCAAAAAACACAUCACUAGCUUAGUAAUCUCUUUCCAUUUCUCUCCCCUGCAAAAGUUGCUUUUGGCAUAUAUAGCACCCACAAUGUCCUCCAAUCCAUCAUUACCACCACCAGCUUAACGCCACCAUACACUUGGUUACCAACAUCAAAAUAAUGGGAGGAGCCAAACAUGGAACAUCAAUACCUCACUUCCUCUCCUUCCAUUCCCUUAUUUUACUCUCCCUCCUCUUGUUUCACAUAGAUAACUCCUUUUCCUCCCUCUCAGUGGUAAAAUAUACACCUACUGAUAGUUAUCUCAUCGAUUGUGGCUCACCCCAAACCACCCCUCUCGAUGAUGGCCGGACUUUUAAGUCCGAUCCUGAAACCGCUUCUUUCCUCUCCACAGACGAAAAUAUACUUACUUCCAUUGAUUCCAUUCCCGACAAUGUUCUUUCUUCUUCUCUUCCUUUAUAUAAAACAGCGCGGAUUUUUCGCGAUGAUUCAUUGUACAGAUUUCUUAUCAUUCGCCCUGGCUGGCAUUGGAUUCGUCUAUACUUUUAUCCACUUCCGCACCCUUCUUAUAAUCUAACAAGUGCUGUCUUCAGUGUCGCCACAGAUAGUGUUGUUCUUUUGCACGACUUCACAUUGAAAAAUAAUACCACAGUGGUGUUUAAAGAGUACCUCAUUAACAUCUCCUCGGAUGAACUCUCCCUCAAAUUCUCACCCAUGAAGAAUUCCUUCGCGUUCAUCAAUGCCAUCGAGCUUGUUUCUGCUCCUGAUGCUCUCAUUUCCGAUUCAGCAUCAGCAGUUUCUCCGGUUGGUGACUUCAAUGGAUUGUCCAAUUAUGCGCUUGAAGUGUCUCACCGGUUAAAUGUUGGAGGCCCAAUUGUUACUCCUGAAAAUGACACCUUGUGGAGGACUUGGCAACCUGACAACCAGUUCAUGACAUUCCCACAAGGGGCAAAAAGUGCGGCUGUUGCUCCGGACACUGUAAAGUAUUCAGAGGACGGCGCAACCCCUUUCAUUGCCCCCAAUUGGGUGUAUGCCACGGCUGAUCAGAUGGCGGAUUCUGGAGUGGUUGAAGCAAACUUCAACCUCACUUGGGAGAUUAGUAUUGAUCCAAGCUUUUCUUACUUCAUCAGAAUGCAUUUUUGUGACAUUGUGAGCACAGGCCUUAAUGAGCUUUACUUCAAUGUUUAUGUUAAUGGGAUGAUGGGUGUGUCAGUUCUUGAUCUCUCAACACUUACAUCUGGCCUUGCUGUCCCUUAUUACAAAGAUUUCGUGCUCAACGCCUCUGCCAUCACCAAUGACUCCAUAACGGUUCAGGUUGGCCCGGUUUCUAGUGUGCAUUCAAGCCUCACAAAUGCUAUUCUCAAUGGGUUGGAGGUCAUGAAAAUGAGCAACUCAGCUGGGAGCUUGGAUGGGUUGUUUUCUCUAGAUGGGAAAUUCCAGGGGCUGCAUUCAGGGCCUAAUACAAUGAAAAUUUUCGAGUCUGUUGGCUUGGCAAUGGGCGUGAUGGCUGUGUUGUUGCUUAUAAUUGGCAUUGUUCUAUGGCAGAGGGGACCUCGGGAUUGGGGGAAGAGGCGAAGCAGCUUCUCGUCGUGGCUGCUCCCUCUCAACUCCAGCCACUGCAGUUUCUUGUCCAGCAAAAGCAAGAGUAGCUACUCGAGUUAUUUCUCGUCUGGACUUGGUCUAGGGGGGCGGUUUUUCACCUUCAGUGAACUGCGCGAUGCAACAGAAAACUUCGAUGAAAAUGCAGUAAUUGGCAUUGGAGGGUUUGGAAAAGUGUAUCUCGGAGAAAUGGAGGAUGGAACAAAGGUUGCAAUUAAGCGCGGGAACCCAAGUUCAGCACAAGGCAUUAAUGAAUUCCACACAGAGAUACAAAUGCUCUCCAAGCUCCGCCAUCGCCACCUUGUGUCACUUAUUGGAUAUUGCGAUGAACAAGCGGAAAUGAUCCUGGUUUAUGAAUAUAUGGCUAAUGGCCCUCUUCGUGACCACCUCUACGGCUCAACCCUGCCUCCUUUACCAUGGAGACAACGGCUUGAAAUCUGCAUCGGUGCAGCUCGUGGACUGCAUUAUCUCCACACUGGUGCAGCACAAGGCAUAAUACACCGUGAUGUGAAAACCACAAACAUUCUUCUGGACGAAACUUAUGUCGCCAAAGUUUCUGAUUUCGGCUUGUCUAAGGCUGCACCCUCACUGGAGCAAACUCAUGUUAGCACUGCAGUAAAGGGCAGCUUUGGGUAUCUUGAUCCUGAAUACUUCAGGAGGCAACAGCUGACAGAAAAAUCUGAUGUUUACUCUUUCGGAGUAGUCCUGUUUGAGGUAUUAUGCGCAAGGCCUGCUAUAGACCCUAAAUUGCCUAGGGAGCAGGUUAAUUUGGCUGAGUGGGCGAUGCAACGGCACAGGAAGGGCUUGAUGAAGACGAUUAUCGAUCCUCAUCUUACCGGUAACAUCAGUUCAGAAUCACUAAUGAAGUAUGUUGAAGCAGCAGAGAAGUGUUUGGCAGAAUAUGGUGUUGAUAGACCUUCUAUGGGAGAUGUAUUGUGGAAUUUGGAGUUUGCUUUGCAGCUUCAGGAAGCAUCCUCACAACUUUUCAAUGAUGCAGAGGAGCUCAUUAAUUUAGAACCACUACAAGGAAAGGACACUAAAGGAGGCCCAAGUUUAGACAUCAGUGAUGACUCUGAAGUGGUAGUUUGUUCUCCUUUGUUUACAGAGACUUUUCAGGGGAGGUAAAAGUCAGAGUCACAACAACAAUUUGUCUUCUACACUUUCUUGAAAAUGGAAUUGAAGAAAGGAAUUGAAAAAGUCCACUCCAUCCUGCUUUUUCGAUUCUAAGGAAUCUGCUUUUAGAUUUCUCAAGUAGAGAAUGGCGAAGAUGCCAUGCGAUCAGCGCCACAAAAUGGUUUAAAUUAUAUCUAAAUCCUGCAGCGAAUUGUUUUUUUGAUUGUGUUGUGCACAAGUAAAUUCCUUUCCUUUAUGAAGUUGCUCCCUCAAAAUGUUUUCAUCCAGUUUGAUGGUUAUUGAGUGAAGAACUUCAAAAAAAAAAUUGUAACCCUUUUUAUGUCCUUCAAGAUUUA